UUUCUCUUCCCAAAAAAACAGUCCCAACAAAAUAAAAAUUCACUCUCAAAAAACACAAACACACACAUCCAAACCUCUCAUCACAUAAAGCAAUUUCUAGAGAGAGAAACUCUGUAAGCAAAAUCUAGAGAGAGAAGGUCUGUAAUGGCGUUGGCUGUUACUUCUUCUACUUCUAUUGCUGGCUCUAUUGCUUCUCGCUUCAAUGACCAUUCCAAACUUUCAUCACAGGUUGGUUAUUUUCAGCCAUUGGAUCGGAAUCAUUCUCAAUCGGCGGCUUUGAAUUAUUCUCGGAGGAGGAGUUCGGUGAAGCCGUUGAAUGCCGAACCCAAACGGAACGAUUUGAUUGUCCCUCUCGCUUCAACACUCGUUGCUCCUCCUGAGGUGGCAGAGAAAGUAGAGGUGGAGGAGGACUAUGAGCAACUAGCUAAGCACCUUGAAAAUGCUUCUCCUCUUGAAAUUAUGGAUAAAGCCCUUGAAACAUUCGGGAAUGACAUUGCAAUUGCUUUCAGUGGUGCCGAAGAUGUAGCUUUGAUUGAGUAUGCACACUUAACUGGUCGGCCAUUUAGGGUAUUCAGCUUGGACACCGGGAGACUCAAUCCAGAAACAUAUAAAUUCUUUGACACAGUUGAGAAGCGUUAUGGCAUUCGCAUUGAGUACAUGUUUCCUGAUGCCAUAGAAGUUCAGGCCUUAGUAAGGAGCAAAGGACUGUUCUCUUUCUAUGAGGAUGGUCACCAAGAGUGCUGUCGUGUGAGGAAAGUGAGACCCUUGCGGAGGGCUCUUAAAGGAUUACGUGCCUGGAUAACUGGGCAAAGGAAAGAUCAAUCUCCGGGUACUAGGUCAGAAAUUCCUGUAGUCCAGGUUGACCCUGUUUUUGAGGGAAUGGAUGGUGGGAUUGGUAGCUUGGUGAAGUGGAAUCCAGUGGCAAAUGUAGAGGGACAUGACAUUUGGAAUUUUCUUCGAACCAUGAAUGUGCCUGUUAAUUCAUUGCACUCUCAAGGGUACAUCUCAAUUGGGUGUGAGCCUUGCACGAGGCCGGUCCUACCGGGGCAACAUGAGAGAGAAGGAAGAUGGUGGUGGGAAGAUGCAAAGGCCAAGGAGUGUGGCCUCCACAAAGGAAAUAUCAAGGACAAAAAUGUCAGUGGAAGUGGAAAUGGGGCUGUCCACGCCAAUGGGACUGCCACAGAAACCGAUAUAUUUGAUACCCAGAAUGUUGUGAACUUGAACAGGAAAGGGAUGGAGAAUUUGUUAAAAUUGGAGGACCGUAGAGAGCCUUGGCUUGUUGUUCUCUACGCACCUUGGUGCCAAUUUUGCCAGGCCAUGGAAGGAUCAUAUGUUGAGUUGGCUGAGAAGCUAGCAGGGAGCGGUGUGAAGGUGGGAAAGUUCAGAGCAGAUGGUGAGCAGAAGGCAUUUGCACAACAAGAAUUGCAGUUAGGGAGUUUCCCGACAAUACUCUUCUUCCCCAAACACUCUUCUCGGCCCAUAAAGUACCCCUCCGAGAAGAGAGAUGUCGAUUCGUUGAUGGCUUUUGUGAAUGCUCUGCGAUGAUAAUAAUAAUAAUCUAGGUCUCAUUUAUUCAUGAAUCUACAAAAGUGGAUUGGAAAUAUGAAUACACAUCAACUGGAGGGAAGGACCAGAGUGCACCUGGAAUUUUAUUGAAAUUCCAAUGCUGCUUAGAUGCAGCAAUGUGGUGGAUGUUGAUUUUUGGUUUUUUUGUAUGUUCAUUUGUUAGGUUUCUCUCUUUCUGUCUGCCUGCUCUAGGUUUUUCAUUUUUAUAGCAAUUCUGAGAGAUAAAGGGGGUUUGUGAUGGUAAAUAUAUGUAGUUAUCAAUCAUGUUCCUGUGAAAUUGAGCUUCAGAGGCUUGAUUUUGGUGUUUACCAAAUUAUACCGUACCAUUUAUUGCAUAUUGAUACAAUA